CAGGACAACACAACGACAACACCACAUGACCAGGACGAGAUCUCACUUUAUGUCAAGGCAGGUAGUGAUGGGGAGAGCAUCGGUAACUGCCCAUUCUGUCAACGUCUUUUUAUGAUCCUCUGGCUCAAAGGAGUAAUCUUCAAUGUCACCACUGUUGACCUCAAGCGGAAACCUGCUGAUUUACAGGAUCUCGCUCCAGGUACUAACCCUCCAUUUAUGACUUUUAACGGAGAGGUCAAGGUCGAUGUCAACAAGAUAGAGGAGUUCUUGGAGGAGAAACUGGCUCCACCACGAUACCCCAAACUCUCACCGAAACAUCUAGAUGCCAACACAGCUGGCAUUGAUGUCUUUGCCAAGUUCUCUGCUUACAUAAAGAACCCAAAGAAGGACACCAAUGACACCUUAGAGAAAGCGCUACUUAAAUCUCUUCGUCAUCUUGAUGACUUCCUGCGGACUCCCCUACCAUUUGAAAUCGAUAGUGAUGGCUCAGGAGAUGUCUUGGAGUCCACCAGGAGCUUUCUGGAUGGGUCAGAACUGACCCUUGCCGACUGCAACCUGCUUCCUAAACUACAUAUCCUAAAGGUUGUAGCCAAGAAAUACCGUGGAUUUGAAAUCCCUGCAGAGAUGACGGGCAUAUGGCGGUACUUGAACUGUGCCUAUCAGAGAGAAGAAUUCAACAGCACCUGCCCCGCUGAGAGGGAAAUUGAGUUUGCCUAUGUUGAUGUUGCAAAAAAAAUUAAAUAA